ACGCUGGUCACAUUUGAUAAAUUCUUGAGCAUUUUUUGUGGCAUAGUCUGAGUUGUUUGUUUGAUUAAAACGUCUUAUAAUUGUGAAUAUAAAUUUAAAUAAAUUCAUAAAAAUUUAAUUUUUCAAAUAAUGGAUACUAGUGUAACUGAUUCUGCAAGUCGUGUGACACGUUCUUUGAGGAAACGGAUAACUUCGGUGGAUAGUGACAACUCCAGCCGGCCUGGUACGCCAGUUCCAUCGAAAUUAAUAUCUAUUUCAGAGAUAACCGCUUCUCCAUCUAGAUCGACAAGAAUGACGCGCCGUAAUUCCACUUCUGGUGUUGCGACACCAGUUAAAACACCAGCCAAACGUAUCACUGCAUCAUCUGCAGUUAUUCCAGAGAAUACGGAAACAAUAACGCCAGCCAGGCGUAGUACUCGCAGACGUAGUGUUUCUGUACAGGAGAGCGAUGAACCUUCACAAACAGGAUUAAAAAUACCAUCUUUUGCAGCUCUGGAUGAGGAGAAAAUCGAUUCUAAUGUACAAAAAUCAUCGAGGGUGACUCGUUCACAAUCCAAGUCUCCACAACAAAUCAAGUCUUCGAAUAAUGCAUCGACCACUAGUCCAAAAGAGACUAAUGAGAACAAAAAUAAAGAAUCAGAAGAUCAAAUUAUGAAAACAAAUAGUCAAAAACGUCGAAAGCCCGGUCCUAGAAGUAAAACGGGCGAGAAUGAAGAUGUGUCUGAUGUUGAAAUAAGUGUUCUUGAAAAUCAGAUACAAGAAGAGAUAAAAAAUAAAUCGCCAAAUAUUACAACAAUAAUUUUAACCGACGACGAGUCGAAUGCCCAAAAAGAUGAAAUACAACAAGAUACUGAAACGGUUGCAUCAGAAAAAAAUGAUUUUCAGGUUUCUGAUGCUGAGACAGUUGAGUCAACAAACUUUAAGCUGCAAAUAGAUUCAAAUUCCAAUGAUUCAAUCACAAACUUGCAUGACACUGAGAAGUCUACUAAUUUGAAAGAUGACAAUACAGCUAAUAUCAAAUCUUCUGAAGAAUUAAACGUCGUUAAAAGUGGUCAAAAUGAAAGUGAAGAAUCAAUAUCGUCAUCUAUAAAUGAAAAAACAAAUAUUGCAGCAGAACAUAGGGAUGAUAAACAGAAUGUGAAUGUAAAAGCUGAAAAUAUGUCCGAAGAUAAUUUGCAAGAGAAUGAAAUAAACUCAUCUGUUGGUAAAAUUGUAGAACUUAAGGAUGAUAGUGUAAACGAUUGCACAACUCCACAAACUAAAGUAGGGAUAUCUUCGAACGAUAAAGUUGAAAUUUUAAGUGUAAGUACUUUGACUCCUUAUCGCGGAAAAGAUUCAAAUGUCAGUGAUUGUAAAGUCACAUCGAAAAAAGUAGAAUUCGUUUCCAGUCCAACGAAUGAUAUGACCAUCAAAAAUAUUUAUCCUAAGACUCCGGCCUCAACCAAGACUGCUAAUAGUUUUAUCGAGGUUAAUUCAUCUCAUGAUGGCUCUUUUCAAGCUGAAAAAAAUACAUUAGAUACUCAUUCAGAUGAUAAUCAAGUGGAAACGCCAAAAAAAGAUGAUAAAAAGGAAAUUUCAAUUAAUAGUGAUGAAGUUAAAAAUAAAGAAUUAGAAAUGCAGGCACAAAUUGAGUCGAAGACGACUCCAAUAUGCGCUUUCAAAUGUAUUCGCCCAUUGGAAAUAGUUCAAAGCUCGACACCAAUUAAUACAGACGCAUCAAAAUCUGAAGAAGAGCAAAUGCAUAGUUCUAAAAGCAAGAAUACACCACUAAAGGAAGAAAUCACGGAAGAUUCUAAGUCUGAAACACACACAACUGAUGUGGAACCUUCUUCCAAUCAGAAUAACAACGAAAUAAAGUGGGUCAAUCCCAGUGUAAAAGGAACAACUGUUGAGGGGUGUAAGCUGGAUGCAGUGGUUACGCGUAGUGACGCGAAUGCCAAUGAAUGCCGCGAUAAUGCUGAUUCAUUUGUAGAACAAGUCAAAACCAACAAAAAAAAGAGUAUUAUUUUCUUAUCUGAAGACGAGGACGACGAAGAAAAUUAUCAAGAUGACAAAAAUGAAGAUGAUGAUGAAUGCGAAUUAGCGCCAGGAGAGAAACCCUACAAACAAAAACACGAAUUUCAUGAUGAUGAAGCAAUGGAAGUGGAUGAUUAUGCAAGUGGAGACUCCAUGGAUUCUGAGGAACGAAAAGAAAUAGAAGAUAAUGAAAUACCAAUCGAUGGUGAGUCAAUUGGUAGUCAUACUACUGAUGAUGAACAUGAUGAAUACGCAGAUGAAGAAGAGGACAGCGAAAAUGCCGAUUCAUUUAUUGUUUCCGACAAUGAGGAACUCGAAUGUUCAGAGAGCAACAAUGAAGAUGAACUGGUAGACGAAGACACACGUGAGCAUAAUCGAAAAAAGAAGAAGACCUAUAAACGUUUACAACGUCCAGCAGAGAGUUCAUCGUCAUCGGACGAAGAAGUGGAAACUAUUCAAGAAGAAUCAAAAGAAAAUUUGAAAUGCAUUUCACAGUUAGACAAAGAAAAUCGGACAGAAGAAAACGUUAACGAAGAAUACGCAGUAAAAUCUGUAUCAAAUUCUGGUGAAUUUUUUAUUGAAACAAACAAUAUUCAUAACAAAUCUAGCGAAAACGCAAUUCUUGACUCCAGUAAGCUCAGCGAUUCAGCAUUGCGCCUGCAAUGUACAGCAGAGAGUGAGUCUGAUGUAGAAGAAGAAAUCGAAGAAAAACUUAGUUUCUCUCGCAAAGAAAUUCUUCGUAAACUUAAUCAAUCAGACCGCUUUAAUAAAUCAGUUCGUGAUUUAAACCCUGAAAGUGAUACAUCACCCGUUGAGUUGGAUGUCCAAGCCGAAAUCCCUGGAUUUAAACAAGAUAAUAAUAAUGAAAAAUCAGAAUCUUCGGAUGAAGAACAUACAACUUUAUCCACUCCCGAUAAUAAAAAACAUGACAGUAGUAAAUUCAAAUCCGAAAGUCAUUUAGGAGAGGUAUCAGUGACGUCAGAAAGUGAUGCUGACAAAGAAAAUGAACAUAAAUCUAUGAUUUUAGCACCCCGCCGAAACACAGACAGUGGACUUAGUGUAUCUUUUGGUAAUUUUAAAAAGCCAAAGAGCUCUAAAGGUAGGCAGGAAUGGCAACGGUCAUUCACGAUAGAUGUUACUGUAAAGGGUGGAGACUUGGAAACUGCAGUUACUGAUGUUAAAUUAAAAGAAGAAACUGUGUCGCCCACUUCAUCGUCUACUGAUGAUCAAAAAGAUGAAGAUAUUGAAGGCGAAGACCUAAGUAAUUUAGAAAUAAUAAAGCACAUGCCAUUACAGUUAGGAAAUCCUUUGAUACGCACUCGUCGUCAAUCGCUGGCACUACCCACAAACCCAGACAUGGAGAUUUGUUCCUCAUCCCAUGGAGGUGGUACUAACAAAAUACUGAAACGUAAAAGUUUGGGAAUAUUGUCCAGCAGUGACUUUAAUCCCUCGCAAUCAUUCAUUGAUAGCAUAGAACUACAGAAAAGUGAACUUAAUAGGCAAGUAGCAAAACGGAAACGUCUAUCAAAGAGUUUUUGUGGGGCAGCGGAAACUCUUGAUAACAGUAUAGUAGAUAUUGAUGUACGACACUUACACAAACGAUCCAAAUUGAUAGGUGAAAAUAGUAUGGCUGAAAGUCAUCAUGAGUCCAUAGAAAAUAUUAACACAAGUAAACUGUCAACGAAAAUUUGUUCAACUCCUCAUCAAAAAGCCGACAAAAAUGAUUCCAACAAUAAUAUUCAACGCAUCUUAAAUCGAUGCGAUGAAAUAUUAGAAGCAGCAAAUCAAGCUAAGCUUGAAGCCAAAAUCAACAACAAAAAGAAUAAACGUAAACUUCCCAAGAAACUAAGGAAAAAAACUGGUUCAAAUUUACCAAGGGAGCUGAACCCAGAAAAUGCACUGAGAAAAGUUUCCAACGACAUAAAACGUAAAGAUAAAACUAAAACAGCCUUAUCACAGGCAAUAAAAGCUGCAGAUGUUAUACUUGGUAAAAAGAAACAAUCUCAACAUAAUACAAAAGAGCAGGAUGAAACUGAGUCCAAAAAAUUGUCACCAGAUGUGCUAGAAGCUAUUCAAAAAUCGGCUUUAAUGAAAAAGAAUUGUAAAAAAGGCAUCACCACUAAUGUCCAUACUACAUUUACAUCGGCUGGAAAUUUCAUGGAGAUGCCACAUACACCGGAGAAGAAAAAGAAAAAGCCAACAUAUAUUCAAUUGCCUACAGGAAAAGUAAGUGUUGAGCCGGCUACUCCAAAAAAACGUUCUGUUCUUGCAUUUAACGGUACAGAAUUCAGGGAAAGUCCAAUUACUCCGUACGCAGUUGGUUUUAAGGUUCGUCAAAUUCCACGUUCUGGAAGCAACGAUUCUACAUUAUCAGUUUUAAAGAAUGGCAAAAGGAAACGAGACCAUGACAAAUUGCCCAAAGAGCAUGUUUUUCCAAAAUCUCAGUGGACCCAAUCUGGUCUUUUCAUAGAAGAAGAUAUUCCCAAAAAUCGUAAAACUGCUCGAUCUGAAAAUCAUGAAUUAGCCAUUAAUCGCAAUUUCAAAGAAAAUGCCAUCAUGAGGCCUGAUAUUAAGCGUAAUACUAAGCGUGAGAUGCUGAUAUUAAAGGACCGUCGGCAAAAGCAUGGAUACUAUUAAAUAUGUACCUAUAAGUCGUUUUAUUUGCAUUUCACAGUAUACAACUUUUAUGUACUUGUUCUCUAUAUAUUCCAUGCGUCAUCAAUUAUUAUUUACAUAUAAUUAUUUAUACAUAAUACAUACAUAUAUUGUUUUUAAAUAUCUUUUUUUCGUUAUUGUAUUAAAACAUUGCAAAAUAAUCUGAGUUUACACGUACAUUGUUUUAUAAAUAAAUCGUUCUGUUCAUUUAAAA